UCACUACGUACAGUAGGUGGCAGAAAUAGAUCGCACGACAAUCAAAGUUCAAUAAAGCUCCACCAGAAGAAGAUGCAGAGCGCUGCAGGAAGGUUCUGGAAGUCUCUUGAUUUGCACAAGGAGUCAUAAGACGAGAAGGGAUUUCACCAUAUUUCACGAUUAACCUGUUCGGGGCAACAAUGGUGAAAGAGACUGGUUUUUAUGAUAUGCUGGGUGUGAAGCCUAACGCCAGCCCUGAAGAGCUGAAGAAGGCUUAUCGUAAACUGGCAUUAAAAUAUCACCCAGAUAAAAACCCAACAGAGGGGGAAAGGUUCAAACAGAUCUCCCAAGCAUAUGAGGUUUUGUCAGAUGCCAAGAAGAGAGAAGUGUAUGACAGAGGGGGUGAGAAGGCAAUUAAGGAGGGCGGAAAUGGAGGGCCAAGUUUUGGCUCCCCCAUGGACAUUUUUGACUUGUUUUUUGGAGGAGGGGGACGCAUGCACCGGGAGAGGAGAGGAAAGAACAUGGUGCAUCAGUUGACCGUGUCUUUGGAGGACCUUUAUAAUGGAGCCACCAGGAAACUUGCUGUCCAGAAGAAUGUAAUCUGUGAAAAGUGUGAAGGUCGUGGAGGCCGUAAAGGAGUGAUAGAAGUGUGUCCUCUGUGUCAUGGGGUGGGUGUCCAGGUCAGACUACAUCACUUAGCACCUGGCAUGGUGCAGCAGCUAUCUACAGUCUGUGCCGGAUGUCAGGGGCAAGGUCAGCGACUGGGUCACCGCGACCGCUGCAAAACAUGCGCUGGACGCAAGAUACUACGCCAGAAGAAGAUUCUUGAUGUGCACAUUAAUAAAGGUAUGAAAGAUGGACAGAAAAUAGUGUUCCAUGGGGAGGGCGACCAGGAGCCUGGCCUUGAACCUGGAGACAUUAUUAUUGUCUUGGAUCAGAGAGCACACACGGUUUUCACCAGACAAGGAGAGGACCUCAUCAUGAACAUGGAGCUACAGUUGGUAGAGUCAUUAUGUGGCUUUCAGAAACCUGUUAAAACACUGGACAACAGAACUCUACUCAUCACAUCCCAUCCAGGAGAGUUGAUCAGACCUGGAGAUAAGAGAUGUGUCCUGAAUGAGGGGAUGCCAAUGCACCGUCGACCAUUUGAGAAAGGGAAACUAGUCAUCCUUUUCAGUGUUGUUUUCCCUGAAGAGAACUUCCUCCCAUUAAACAAACUAAAGGAAUUAGAAAGGUACUUGCCUGAAAAACAGGCAAAUAUUGAGCCUGAGGGCAUGGAUGAUGACCUCUAUAUAUACGCUGACCUUGAAGACUGUGAUCUGUCCCGUGAACGCCACAAUUACCACUAUAUAGAGGAGGAGGACUUCUACCCAUCUGGAGGUGUGCAGUGCCAAACCUCGUAGAGAUUCCUGUUCCCUUACCUUCCCUUUCACAACAAAUGCCACCUCUGCUGGAACACAAGGAAAAGGACCAAGAGGAAAAGAGUUAUUUACCUCUCAACUAGUUCUGUGCCUGGAAUAAGACCUCUUAGUGCCGACCUCUUGUGUCAUUGUUUGGAAGAAACUCCUCAUCCAAAAUUUUGAGCAAAUCAUUUGGGAAAUAAACUUAGGGGAGAGUUGUGAGACUGGUGCCAUAGAGUUUCAGUUGAAGGGAGAGUCUAUGGAAAUGUGUGUAGAAGUUACAGUGGAAAUGGAACAACAUUCAGGUCAAGUUGGUUGUGCCAUAAUACCAGAAAAUUUCAUCUUUAAAAUGUAAUUUACUUUGAAAACCACAUUUACGUCCUCCGUUUGAAAAAACAAAA